AGUAGAUUCAGCAGCGGCGGCCGCAUGCUGGAUCCGCUCCUGAGUCAGCAGGGUGAUGAGAUAGUCCAGUUUCUGGCUGAGCUCAUCGCUAGGACGGACACUCUGACUGCUCGCCACGGGCUGGAAUCCAGUUGUGGUCGCUGCUGGCGGCACCGAAUGCCAUACUUGCCUCCCAGGAAGAGGCUGGGAAUGACUCGCUGGUUGCCGUGUGCGGAGUGCAUCGGCAUAACUGCUCAUUUGAACUGGAGGAGCAGGAGCUCUUGCGCCAGAGCGCGCUCGCCGGCGGCUAGGUUGCUGCAGUGCUGGAAAUCCCUGCUGGUUCAUGACGGGUGGCUGGCGGGGACGCCGCAAACCCUGAGUGGCGGCUUUUGAGUAGAUUCAGCAGCGGCGGCCGCAUGCUGGAUCCGCUCCUGAGUCAGCAGGGUGAUGAGAUAGUCCAGUUUCUGGCUGAGCUCAUCGCUAGGACGGACACUCUGACUGCUCGCCACGGGCUGGAAUCCAGUUGUGGUCGCUGCUGGCGGCACCGAAUGCCAUACUUGCCUCCAG